AUGACAUCCUUCGAAGUAUCAGCCCUCUCCACAGCACCAUUCCAACCCCUCUGCUGGUACCGAAAAGUAGACGACACAUUCACCACCAUAGCCCACCCGAACGACCCUACAGAGCUCCUCAAACAUCGCAACGCCCAGCACCAUAGAAUCCAGUUCACCGUGGAGACCGAAACCAAUCAACACCUUCCUUUCAUAAAACAAGCCAUCAUCGCCACCCUCACCCGACGUGCCAAAUCCAUUUGCCACCCUGAUGUCCUCAGCAGUGAAAUGGACCAUCUCAAGGAAACCUUCACUUCCCUCAACAGCUAUCCUGCCUACCUCCAUCCUGAAUCCAAAACCAUCCGCAGGACCCUCAAGAACUCUGAUAACAGACUCAAACCAGCUCCAUCGCCAUCAGAAUCCCCAUACCCUACCAAGGCCCUGUCACCCAUCAGAUUUCCCGCCUCAUCAAGAACAAAGCCAAAAUAG